GAGGAGAGAAAGAUAUGGUCCCACAAGAGAGUCCAAGCCACAUACACACAAUUUACACACACAUACAUUCUCUCCCUCUCUCGGUUUUGUGGAAUAGUGGAUUACUUUUUGAAAUCAAGCAGAUGCAUGAUCAGGUGGCCGCUUGUCCCAGCUGCCUUAAGGUGUGACAUGAACCAUGGAAGGGUGCAGAGGUCCGCUUACUAGCUCACCUCGCAGCCGCCUGACCAGCCGGAGCCCAGGGGGAUCCUGCAGAAUGCAGCUGGGCUCUCACUAGCACCGAGUGGACCCUGUCCUUUCGCACGUGGGGCCAGGGCUGCAGAAUGCUCAGUCCUGUCACCCCUUACACAGGUCUGUUGAAGAUGCACUGGUCUCCGGAGCACACCGCCCCUCUGUCUCAGUGGCCUGAGCAGCACCUCGACGUCACCUCCACCACGUCGCCCCCAACUGUCCACAAGCAUGAGUCCUAUGCCGCUGCUACUCGCCGUGGUUACCCCUAUGCCGGUUACCCUUGGGCCAGUGACGACAUAUCAGCCCUGACCGCUUCUUCACUUCUCAAGCGCUAUGCUGAAAAAUACUCAGGCCUGGAGCUGCCCUAUGAGCGUCCUGUUGCAGGGGCCUACUCAGAGCCUGGCGCUUUCCUUAAAACAGAAUCUGAGCCCUGGGCGAUCAGCCAGGGCAUCGAGUGCUACCCCGGACUUGAAGCGCUAACUGGUGCCAAGGUGGGUUCUGGCAUCCCGGCCACAGGAAGCGUGACUGUUGUGAGCAGUAACUUAGCCUCGGAGCCAGGCUACAGUAGUGUUGGCUCCUGCAGUGUACCGUCACCACAGGACUAUCCUCCUGCCUACAACAGCACCUACCUGUCCUCAGGGUACUGCCCUCAGCCUGGCACAGCACUUCCCCCAGCCCCUCUUCACACUUUGCAGGCCACACCCACUUUAGUGCCCAGCUAUAGUGCAAGCACUCCAGUCUACAACUACCCGCCAGGCUGUUACCCCCAAAACAGCCUCUCUUCUGGAUAUAGCCACACCAGUGCCUCCUAUCUACCCUCCGUGAUUAGUACCCCUACCCCAUUACCCCCCAGGCCCACUAUGGUAGGGGGCAGUUACAGCUACCCAUCCCACAGCCUAGGAGGGGCCACCGAGGCUGGAGCACCGCUGAAACGCAAGGCUUUUGAAAUGGGAGAAGACGGGCAAGAGGGAGCCGAGGUAGAGGGAUCGCGUUAUCGAAAGUACAGCAAUGCCGUCAGCAAAGGCAACGGCUAUGACACAAGUGGCUCAGGUUCUGAUCCACAGGCCUACAAACCUGGGAAGCCCCUAAUGUCACCCUCUUAUCGCGGCACAGGAGCAUACAGCCCCCCGUCCGGCCUGCCAGUGGAAAGCGUGCCAGGGGAUCACAGCUUUCCUCGGCAGAGGAUGUCUAUGAAGAUACCGGCAUCGCACACACGAGCUGAGGACCCCACUGGGGGUCACUGAUGAUCCCCAGUUUACAAAAUUCCCUCACGCUUGGAACCCCAAAGACACUUGCUUUGAAUAUCACUUACAACCACAAGAGGGCACAAGAGUGAAGUUUAUCAUUAUGUUUGUUUCCUUCUUAUUAUCCACGUGUUCCCAAAGAUACACAGGGGCAUUUGAUCCUGUAAGACAUAAAGCAUUCUCUGCAUAGUCAGCAUUAAUCUCAGGAUCUAUUUAUUUCUUCCAAGCAGCACUGAAAUGUUGCUUUUUUUGGUGGCAGUAGGAGUAAAGAUAUGUGGCUCUGAUGUUUAACAGGUCCCUGACUGCAAUGUUCCAUACCUGCCCACAGAGAUCUUUUCUGACCAAAAAGUAAGGAGAGCAAUAAUUCAAAAGGUGAGACUGUCGUACCACUUCAGCACAAUCCUGACUGAUUUUGAGGCUUUAGGAAAGGAAUCUUUACGUUCCCUCUUGUGUUCCUGCUAUUCUGCCUCUUGUGUUCUACCCAAUGCUAAUGUUUAUACAAAAGCAGGCUGCUUAAAUGAAUCUGGCCUUUAAGACGUUCUAGCGCAGGAUUUCAUGGUUGUAUUUAAACGGUAUUUGGCGUUGACAAAGACAGUGUAUUUAGUAGGGGUGUAACGGUAUGCCAUAUGCACGAUCGGUAUACCUCGGUUUUAAAGUCUUGAUUCAUUUUGGGUACAGUAAAGGGACAAGACGUGUGUAAACAAAUGU